CAUAAUAUUAAGUCCUGCUAAAUAACUUGUUUCAACUUUUGUGUUAUAUAACAAUUUUGUAACUGAAUGUUGUAACAAAUAUUGAACGUAGCAUUAAUUACAAUAAGGAUUUAAUUUAAAUACAAAUCAAAAUUUAAAAUAAUUACUAAACAAAUCAUGACCGCAUGGAAAUGUGAUAAACAUGGUCACAUUCCUGUUGAAUUACAAUUCCCAAUUUCAACUCUUUGGGCGAGAAAUGAACCGGCCUCUAUUACUAGUGUAGUAAUUUAUAUUUAAUAAUAGAACAAAGUGUUUAUAUUUUUGACGAUUAAUGACUUAAAUAAGUAAAAUAUAAACCGUGUUAAAAUGGAUAAACAAGAUCAAAGCCAUAAAAAAAGUUAUGCCUGCGGAUUCGCUGGCUGUACUUCUGUAUUCAAUAGGCCUUAUAGAUUGGCACAGCAUCAAUUGGUCCACAUAGGUGUCAAACCUUUUGCCUGUAAUCAACCAAACUGUACUAAAGUAUAUACAAACAAAAGCCACUUAGACCGUCACAUCAACAGUAUCCAUAAAGAAAGUGAAAUUGAUAUCCUCUACUGUUGCCCAAAAUGUAUGAAAAAGUAUGCAAAUCGGCAAAAUUUAAAACGGCAUAUAAAAGUUACUCACAUAAAUAACAAAAAGCAAUUUUUGUGUGACAUAUGCAAAGUAUAUUUCAAAAAAAAGCAUCAAUUGCGUAGCCACAUGCAUGUUCAUAAUGGAAUAAAACCAUUUAGAUGUCCUUUUUGUGAGAAAGACUUUGUGACUCUGUAUGAGAAAAAGAAGCAUAUGAAAAAUCAUAAAACAUAUGAGUGUGAACAAUGCAACUCAAAAUUUAACAGGUGGUCAGCUUUGAUGACACAUAAAAAAACAGAACACCGGUCACGUGAAUACAUAUGUAAUGACUGUGCCAAAGUUUUUAAGGAGAGAUCACACAUAAUACGACAUAUUAAAAAACAUAAACCGAAAGCACUAAAAACUGCAUUCUUUUGCCCAUAUGAGAAGUGUCAUAGAUAUUAUUCACGUAACAGUAAUUUAAAACAACAUAUACGGGUAAAACAUGAAGGUCAGACCUUUGACUGUGCUGCUUGUGGAGCUAAAUUAUCUACAAAGGCAAAACUAAAGAAGCACAUUGAAUGUCAUUCCCGACCCAAAUUAACUUUAAGAAUUCAAAAAACAUUGGAAACAGGCCGAAAAAAAAGAAAAGACGAAAACACCUUAAAAACAUCAACUGCACUUAAAAUAGCGGGUAUUAUCAGUCAGGACAUAGAAGAAGUAAUAAUAUCUCCCAGUGAAAAUAUUCUUGUGAAUUGUUAAAUGUUUUAUUAAUUUAUUAAUACCAAUAAACUAAUAUAUAAAGGGGUUAUUUAAU